CUGCUUGCUGCUGCAACUGCUGUGUUCCAAAACUUUGGCAACCUCCAGACAUUUGGCUUCAUCUUUUUUCGGCAGCCUGUCAUUCACAGCAUUUCGGAACACUCCGGGCUCCAAGAGCCUGUCGCUUGAUCACCUAUUACACCAAACGGUUUCCAGGAUUGCCGUUGGUGGAUUGUCUCUAGUUGGCUGCUGAUCGCUUCCAGUGCAAUAAUUGAGAGGUUUCUAUUCACAGCCCACUACGAAUGACGACACCUCCUGAAGCUUCAAUCUCACCCUCACCCACGCUCUCGUCCUCGCCCAGCCGCUUGCCGAACAUCCUCAACCACACUUGCAGCUCUCCCAGCCGCAACAUUUCCUCCAAACCGAAAGUAUUCUGAUCUCGCGUUGCUACUCUUUGCUUGGGACAAGCGACAGCCGCCCUCACGAACCCAUUCUACCAACAAACCCCCCAGUCCGAGACCUCGGGACCCUCGUCGACAUGGUUACCCGCAAGCCCGUCCCCAACGAGCCCUACCUCGACACCAACGCUGCUCCGCGAGUUGAAGACAUGAGAAAGGAGCUCUGGGGCGCAACCGAUUCCCCUUCCGACGUAGAUAGUGUUUGGGACGACGCUUCUCAGCAAAAAGGCGCUGCUGCUCUUAGCCAACAAACGAUACCCCAAGAUAUUCCCGAACCUUUGAAGCCCGGCGGGGUUGCGGCACAGGGCCCCGAGAUGGGCAACGGAGUAUGGAACGACGCUGACGGCCACCAAUCUCAAACCGUCGGCGAGACAAGAGGUGAUCCCAACGAUGUCCCGCUGGUAUUACGACCAGGAGCGCCCCCUUCACGAUCCGACACAAAUCCGUUCAAACGCAAAGACGUCCGCGACGACUCCAAUCCAACAUCGCCGCCCAUCAACGGUACCCCGACGAUGCCUCCGGCGCAACCACUCUCGCAAAUGAGCACCGGCGAGAUCAGUAAUAAUCCAUGGCAGCCUGCCCUCGACCAACAAGCUCAGAGAGCUGCCGCCGCCAGCGCCCAGCAGUCUCUACGGACUCAGAACAGUGGAGAGUCUGAGCGCGAUGCAUGGGCUGCAACCCAAGAGCCAAAACUGCCCGCUAUCUCGACAUCUCCAGCACUGCUAUCGCUCCCCUCAGAACCUACCUCACCGGCGUGGGAUGACUUGCCGGAGAAUCAGAGUAAGAAACCAGUUGAUUUGCCAGCAGCAUCGAUCCCCAGCGAUGCAAUUGCGGACCAGAAUGCCUGGGACGAUGUAGGCGGACUGAACAAGGGCAAGGGAAAGGCCCCCGCCCCCGCUCCCGUUGUCCCUCCUCCCACAGUCGAAGACGGCCCCAUGGACGAUUGGAACCUCAUCGACGUCGAGCCGCCUGCUGGCCCACCACCCGGCAGAUCGCCAGCGCCAGAUCAAAGCCGCGACAGGCCUGAUCAGGUCUCUGACGACAAGGUGGCGCCAGCAUUGCCUCCGCGGAACGGUGACGAAGAGCAACCUCCGCGCCAGCCACCGCGUCCUGUGGACGGCAAGGCCGAAACAUAUCAGAUCAAGAACGUCCGUUGGCACGACCACAGCGCCGACAAGAACCCGCGAGUUUCGCCGAUCCUCGUCCAGAAUGCCAACGGCCCUUGCCCGCUUCUUGCUUUAGUCAACGCGCUCACACUUACAACCCCGCCAUCUCUAUCAGAGACGGCCUUGAUAGAGGUCCUCCGCUCCCGAGAGCAAAUCAGUCUCGGGUAUUUACUAGAUGCGGUCGUCGAUGAGCUAAUGAGGCGAACACAAGAAGCUUUGCCUGAUGUUUCCCAGUUGUACGACUUCUUGAAGGAUCUUCAUACGGGAAUGAACGUAAAUCCACGUUUCGUUCCCACCCCCGAAAUCAUCAAGGCCUUCAAGCGCACUUCCUUGACUCACUUACACCCGACCGAACGCGACGAUUUGAUCCCUGGAACUUUCGAAGACACCAGAGAGAUGACGCUGUACGCUGCUUUUGCUAUUCCGCUUAUCCAUGGGUGGCUGCCCACUAAGAAUGAUCCGGCCUACCCUGCUUUUGAGCGCCAGGCGGCCUCGUUUGAAGACGUGCAAACGCUCCUGUUCCGAGAUGAGGAGCUGCAGGAAAAAUUGGGGUCAUUGACGGAAGAGGAGGAGCGGAUAUACUCAGACAUACAGUCGAUAAAGGCGUUUUUGGAGACUUCGGCUACGCAGUUGACGCCGUCUGGACUGGAGGUUAUCACAAAGGCCAUGAAACCUGGCUCUUUCGCCAUUCUCUUUAGGAACGAUCACUUUUCAACCCUGUACCGGCACCCAGCGACACAGCAGCUGUUGGUGCUUGUCACCGACGCAGGAUACGCCACCCACGACGAGAUUGUUUGGGAAUCCCUAGCCGACGUGAAUGGCGAACGUACGGAAUACUAUUCUGGUGAUUUCAGGAUCGUGGGCGGGGAGCAGCCGCAAGGCAACUCCCGGGGACAACCUACUAUGAGGAACAAUGCCCAAAACCGACCGAGAAUCGAUACGAGUAGCGCCAACGAGGGAGGCUGGACUACUGUGCCCGGCCGCGGCCGCAACAAGCACCUUGAGGCACCAGCACAAGGUGACGAGAUGCCCCUGUCGCCGAAUCACGAGCAGGAGGAUCGAGAUCUUGCCCUGGCGCUUCAGCUGCAAGAAGAGGAGGAACAACGCCAUCGUGCAGAGCAGUCGGCUCGUCGGCGCGAGAGCCAGCUUAGCGAGCAGUACAUUGAGCAACAAGCCCGACUGCAACAAGGGCCCACGACAAGACGUGCAGCCGACAGGCAGGCUGCCCGAACUGGCACUGGCGCACGUAGUAGCAGCAAUGGCAACUCGACGGCCUCUCGCGGUAGCCGCCGGAACUCGAGCACCAACGUCAGCAGCGCAGCGGUACCGCCCACGUCGGGUCGGCAGCCAGGACAGCCGCCUCAGAUGGUGCGACCGUUGGUUCCGCCGACGGUUCCUGCGCGUCGACAAGGUGUGAACCGGCCGGCUGACGAAGGCAUGGACGAUGCCCCACCGACGUAUGAGCAGGCGCAGGCGGCUGCCAAGUACGAGCCACCUCCUGGGCACCCUCACCAUCAUGCGAGCAGUCCCGUCAAUCGGCAAGGGAACGGUGCUGGGCCGUCAUUCCCGCUGUCGCCUUCGCGGCCGGGGAUGAGCGGCGGUCGUGGGCGCGUGCUGGGUCCCGGCGGAGUGGUAGGAAGUUCGCAAGGAGGAAGGGAAAGGGAUUGCAUCGUCAUGUGAGCGAAGGCAGAUCCGGUACUUUCUGAUGAUUUGGGCGUUUUCGUGUCAUUUGAAUUAUUGCGCAAGGCAUGGACAGACGAAGACUCUGACAAGCAGAGUUGGAAGAGCUUUUUGCUGUACAAACAUUUCCUCUCAGCGGGCGGCGUUGGAAAUAGUGGCUUUAUAGGAUCGGUAGCUGAUGAAUGGAAGAAGACGCAUGAUCAUGUGGCUUACGUUGGAA